UGAACAUGGGCUGAAUUGACAUGGCCACAAUCAAGGCCAUAGAAAGCCGCUCUGUGCACCAGAUACAGUCGGGUCAGGUUAUUGUCGACCUGCAGUCUGUCUGCAAAGAGCUAGUGGAAAACAGCAUCGAUGCAGGCGCCACGGCCAUUGAGGUACGCUUCAAGAAUUACGGCCUCGACACCAUCGAAGUCCAAGAUAACGGCUCUGGCAUCUCGCCCCAAGACUACCAAACCAUUGCCCUGAAGCACUACACCUCCAAGCUUGCCACCUACGACGACCUCACGUCGCUGCAGACUUUCGGCUUCCGUGGCGAGGCCUUGUCAUCGCUAUGUGCCCUCUCCAAAUUUUACAUCGUCACAAGCAGAGCCUCAGAUGGGCCAAAGGGCACCAGGCUCGACUUCGAGCAGUCGGGCAAGCUCAAGGGAACGUCGGUUGUGGCUGCUAAGCAGGGCACCACCGUCGUGGUCGACACUCUGUUCCAUAAUCUACCCGUGAGGCGAAAGGAACUCGAGAAGAACAUCAAGCGCGAAUACAACAAGGUCCUACAGCUGCUGAAUGCAUAUGCAUGCAUCAGUGUCGGGGUUAAGUUUUCGGUCAGCAACCAGAUACCCAAAGGGAAGAAGACAGUAGCCUUUGCAACCAAUGCAAAUGCCAGCACGCGGGACAACAUCUCCAAUGUGUAUGGUGCAAAGACAGUGACCGCCCUCAUACCCCUCAACCUCGAGUUCAUCAUGGACCCCUCCAAUAGGCCGGGCGCCACACAAAAUAUCAAGGUCCCGGACGCACACAACGACAUAGCAUCGCGGACCGUCAAGAUAGUAGGCCACAUAUCCCGUCCCGUCGUAGGCGAGGGUCGUCAGACGCCAGACAAACAAAUGUUCUUUGUGAAUUCGCGGCCCUGCAACCUGCCUCAGGUUUCCAAAGCAUUCAAUGAGGUCUACAAAUCCUACAACACCACACAGUCUCCUUUUGUCUUUGCCGACAUCAAACUUGAUACAAACGCCUACGAUGUCAAUGUAAGCCCAGACAAACGCACCAUCAUGCUCCAUGACCAAGCAGUGCUCCUGGAGAACAUCAAGGACUCCCUACUCGAGUUGUUCCAGGGACAUGAACAAAGUGUACCUCAGUCUCAGCUGCUAAAAAAUAAAACAUCGACAUCUGUCUUUAAACCUCCCACGAUCCAACCUCGUGAAAGCACUACAUCUGUACGAGAAAGCGACCAGAGCGAUCCAGAAGGCUCAGAUGAUGACGGGGCGGCGAUACAAGAGAGCUCUAGAAGAGCUUCGACACGAGACGUGCCUGAUGUGGCUAACCGUCCCGGAUUUGUGAAAGCGAGCCUUCUCGAACGAUUCGCUGGCCGCGACUCUGAAGACCGGACGACUCGUCCACGAUCACAAUCUCCAUUAUUUGAACCCGAGGUAAAUACACAUGAUGUUGCUGCUGGGCACCCGCAGCUUUCCAGGGCCAUUCAAGAUUUUAAUGCACGUGUGGCGUCUCAGAGCCCUCGCUCGGCGGGACUAACACGCCCAUCAAUGUCUGCUGAACCUAAUCAACAAGGUGAAGGUGCAGAACAGCCAGUCCCGGUUAUAAAGCAAACUCCCCAGAAGCCGUUAUCACAAAGCACCAUUCAGAAUGCUUUUGAUCGUAUGCGCCCCAUGCGAACAACGGUUCAGCAGGCCACAAUAACAGUUGGCGAUACUACAACUGUCUCUACAAUUGGUACUGGUAGUCAUUGGGUAGCUUCAAGGCGAUCGAGGAUACACAUCCCAAAGUCUUCUUCUUCUGCCAAGUCAUUAGAUCAGACACCAAAUAAAAACCUGUUCAAGAAGGGCUUGGGCGGGUUCACAGCACCGGGCACGCAAUUGGAGAGCAGUGAUGAAGACGAGGAUGAAGACGAAGACGAGGAUGAAGGCGAAGACGACGAGGGUGAAGGUCAUAUCAACGCGACUCGUAUACCAAUACGCUCUCCCUCUCCUGUGAAACGCUUGCCAUCCAGGGCACUCGAGGGGCCACGUAUCAACAACAUGACUGCCUUGUCCCGCGCUUCUCCAGAUCGCUCAUUGUCCAUGUCUGACGGAUCCUUGGACGCUGAGCCUGUUGAGGUUGUUGAAAAAGAAUCAGAGGCAGCUGGUGAAGAUUCGGACGAUGAGUACGAGGACGAUACCGAGAAGAAGGCCAGAGAGGAAGCCAGGUUUACUAAACUGAUUGCGGAGGCUGAAGAGACUGCGGCUCAGCCCAGUGAGAUGAGCCUAAAGCGUGCCGACAAGCUCUUUACGGUUACCCAAAAGAAGCACUGGACUAUCAACCUCAGACGCGUCAUCAAGACCAAUAUUGAGUCGAUUGCCCAUCAUGCGCAGCACAUUCGAUCCUCUAUCGAUGCAUCUUGGGCACGAGUUGAUCAAACGGCAAUGCUGUCUACCGAUGUCCAGUCAAAUGGAGAAGAGGCAGAAGAACGUCUCAGUCUAACAGUAACAAAAGCUGAUUUCGGAAAAAUGCGCAUCAUCGGCCAAUUCAACCUUGGCUUCAUCAUAGCCGUACGACCCCCAACCUCAACAUCACCAAACUCGCACCUCUUCAUCAUCGACCAGCACGCCAGUGACGAAAAAUACAACUUUGAACGCCUAUCCGCAACCACCAAACUCGUCUCCCAGCGCCUAGUGCACCCCCACCCCCUCGAACUAACCGCCGUAGAAGAAGAAAUAAUCCUCGCAAACCAACCCACUCUAACCGCCAACGGCUUCGUCGUCGAGCUCAACCCUACAUCUGACACUGAACCCCGGCCCGGUACCCGCGCAAGCCUCACCUCCCUUCCCAUGUCCAAAGAGGUAACCUUCACCCCCUCAGACCUUGAAGAACUCCUCUCUCUCAUCCUCGACAACCCUCCUUCCUCUUCCACUUCCUCAUCUUCAGCAUACAUCUUGCGCCCCUCCAAAGUCCGCAAGUUACUCGCUAGCCGUGCGUGCAGGAGCUCAGUUAUGAUUGGUAAGACGCUCAAGACGCAGCGUAUGCGCGAGAUUGUGAGGCAUAUGGGGGGUAUGGAUAAGCCGUGGUCGUGCCCGCAUGGAAGGCCGACGAUGAGGCAUUUGUUGGAUUUGGAGAAGUGGGUCGGGUGGAGGGAGGGGGAAGGAGUUGUGGGGGUUGAGGUUAAGGGGGAGAAGACGGAUUGGGGGGAGUAUUUGAGGAGGAGUAGGGGGUGAGAUAGAUGUGUGGAGUUGUAGAUGAGAUGUUUUGGGCAGGGUGGGUUAUAGGGAUAUUGUUCUUAUUGGGGGGUUGGCAGUGGUAUGGUAAUGUAUUUGUGGCUACGAUAUCCAAUUGUUGUUAGCCCACCAUUUUGACACCAAAUUGUUUGGCUGGGGAUAUCGCGUCAUAUGUUCGUUUACUUUUGCCUCAUCUUUUUCACAGUACUCCCUAAGCUGUUUACCUUCUUUCCUCUUCCAAACCACUACAUCUAUAUCCCCUGCCUCACAAAAUCCCAUUGCGUUUGCUAUUCCCGCAUCACCCCA